AUGCUAGUAUCGGGGUGGUGCUGCUGGCGCCGAUUGAUUGGUGAUGCUGCUUUAGGUCCCGAGAGGGUGAAGCAGAUGGGGCGGUGGUGCUGCUGGCGGUCCCGAGAGGGUGAAGCAGAUGGGGCGGUGGUGCUGCUGGCGGUGCAGCUGAUUGGUCGGAUGCCUGCUGCCUCAGGGCUUCUGAUCAGUGAUCAGUACAAUAGAGCUCCAAGCUCUCUUCCGUUGUACGGCACAGGGCUCUUUAAGAGGCGUUGGGGUACCUGGCCUAACCAGGAUUUUGCGGUGGUUGUCGGCGAAUCAAGCACACAGGCUGAUCGCUCAUUUAACCCUGAUAUUAUGUCGCCGUCCUCCGGCCGAAAUGGGCACUGUCUCUACUACCGUAUGGAGCUGGGGAAGCAUGGCAGAGUAGGAGGCGAAGGGUUUUCGCGAGAGAAAAGCUUGCGCAGCGCCAAGGCGCUAGCGCGCUCGCUUAACCCUUAG